AUGUAUAAAGAAAUAAGUGAUUUUUAUAAGCCUUAAAGUUUAUUGGGAAAAGGAGGCUCUGCAAAGGUUUACAUGGUAACUAAAAAGGGCAGCAACGAUAAAUAUGCCUCAAAGUGUGUAGAUAAGAGAUAUUUACAAGAAGAUGGUGGAUAUGAUGCUUUGUUUAAUGAAAUAAAAAUCAUGUAGAAACUAAAACAUGAGAAUAUCAUUUAAUUGGUUGAUUUGUAUGAAGGAGAAUCCACCUUCUAUUUGAUUCUAGAAUACUUAGCUGGGGAAAGUCUACAUGAAAUGUUUAAUAGAAGACAAACAACUUUGGAACAAAAUUAGAUUUAGAUUAUCAUGAAAUUAUUGCUGUAAGCUGUAUCCCAUAUGCAUUUAAAUGGAGUCAUGCACAGAGAUUUAAAACCAGAAAACAUUAUGUUUAAAUAACUAAAUUAGUUUGAUUCAUUAAAAAUUGUAGAUUUUGGUCUUGCAACAUUUUCUAAUGCUGAAGAAUAUCCAUUUCCAAAAUGUGGUACUCCUGGUUAUGUAGCCCCUGAAGUGGCCAAUUUAAGAGAUCUUAAAUAGAAGUAUGAGAUGAUAUGCGAUGAAUUCAGUGUUGGAUGCAUUUUUUAUAAAUUAUGUACUAAUAAGGAAUUGUUUCCAGGUACAGAAUACAAGGAAAUAUUGAAAUUAAACAAAAAGUGUCAUCUAAAUUUAGACUCACUUGCAAUAUAUAAGACUCCUCCUGAGGCUUGUGAUCUAAUCUAGAAAUUAUUAACUUUAAAUCCUAAAGAGAGAAUAUCUGCUCAAGAGGCUCUUAGUCACCCUUAUUUUUCGUAAAAAUACGAGACAAAAAAACAAAAAUUUUAAACUUCUAAUUUAAAUAAAUAAAAUCCAGUUUUUUAAACGCAGAAUUUCCAACCUGUCUCAAAAUUAACAAAUAUUGAUGAUGAUGAGGUUGAAGAUGAAAAUUGCCUUAAAUUACAGGUUCCUGUUAUGAAUGAUCUAAAAUCUUUCGGUCUUAUUGCUAAUUCUAAUUAAGAAAAAAACAAAUCUCAGCUAGUUUAAAAUGGAAGAAGAAAUUUCAAGAAAUGCUAAACGCAAGAAUUUGAACAACAUUAGAAUGGUCUUAAACAUUAAAUUAAUAAUUUUAAACCUUCCUUCAUAAUGAAAAAUGAUAUUAAUGAAUAACAAUAAUAACCCAAAUAACAUUAACAUAAACACAAUACUUUAAUUAAUAAUUUUCCAAAAAUAGGAGAACAGGAAGGAAUGAGUAAGAUUGACGAAGACAUUGAAGAAAAUGGUUAUUAAAUAUGA